AGCGAUGGGGCGUGCCAAGCUAAACUUGAGGCUAAUCCCAAAUGCAAAACAACGAAAUUUGACGUUCAAGAAAAGGAAGGAGGGAAUAUUGAAGAAAAUGAAGGAGUUCACAACGCUUUGCGACGUGAACGCGUGCAUAAUCAUUUACGGGCCCCAGUCGUCCGAGCCCACAAUUUGGCCGCCACAACGCUCCGCGGUUGAACGCAUGAUCGAUGCGUACAAGGAGAAGGGCUCGGACAACGGGACCCGGUCCUACGGGUUGCCCGACUUCUAUAUGGGCCGAAAGAAGAAGGUCGAGGGAGAGGUGAAGAAGUUGAAGCAGAAGAAAUUGGAGGCCAAGUACCCGACUUGCCCGGAGUUGCUCGACGGCUUGUCGAAACCCGAAUUGGAGAGCUUUGUGAGCUUUUUGAAUGGGAAACUUAGAGCUUCAAACUCUAGACUUGAGAUGAUCAAUGGGAUGCUCAUCAAUGAUAACCAUAUCAAGCAGUCACAAGAGGAACCACUCUUAUUGUGUCAUUUUCAUGAGGAUGACUACUUGGUUAAUAAUAACAACAUUAAUUUCUAUGAUCCUAAUUUGGAAAAUUUAGGGUUUGGCAAACCACUGCAACAAGUAAUGCAUGUGAACAACUGCAACGUUCGUCAUCCAAAUGGUACUCCCGGUGACUAUCCAAUCAAUUACUAUGGAUAUCCAACGGUUAGGAUGACGAACGUUGCAGCAGCGCACCCAGGCGGUGGGGGCUUGCAUUAUGGAGACGAAAACGGGCACCGGAUCGGGUACGGGCAACAGCAGGAGAUUAAUUGCUUGUACGAUCAACAAGCAUCGUUGCCACAUCACCAAUAUUACAUGGACCGCCGAACCAUGCAGCUGGCAGUGGCGCCGCCAGCGUACAUGGGCGGCAGUGGAGAUUUGCCGCCGUUGCCGCCUUCAUGUUAUUUCGGGUCCUCGUUGACUUCUUUUUAUCUGGAGGAGGAGGAGAACCAAAGCAGUGAGAUCACAUCCGCAUUACUCCCGGCGAUUGCAGCCGCCGGUAACGGUUGUUUGCCGCAGUUUGCGGCUUAUCAUCAGGUACCGGCCGCCGGGAGCAGUAGCAGUAGUUUUAACCGUUAUUAUCAGGUCACCAAUCAGAUUAAGAGGUACUAGUUAGUUGUUUAGCUUAGCUCUUUUUAGUUACGUUGGGAUUUAAUUUCAUUAUUAUUGUCGUUGAUUUCUUGUUAUUAGGGAGUAGUAUUAGAUUAGAUACUACUUCGUAUUAAUUAUAAGAGCUUAAUCACAUCAUUAUUAGAGCUUCAGUUCAUGCUAUAUAUGAUGUAAUUUUUUUAAGACAGGAAUAAUACAUAUAUAUACUCGUUGUCUAAUUUCGGUAGGUUAGAGAACAGAUAAAUCUUUGCUAUCUAA